UCUAUAAGUCAAAACCAGUCAAGACGAGCCAAAGCUUAGUCGAAGCCGUACGGGCCCCGCAAUUCAAAAAGCGGCAUCUGUGGCGGCACUCAUUUGAAUAGUGUGUUGCCUCUGGAAAGCAACGGCCAUCUUGGGAUGCCAGAGACCGCCAUCCAUUACUCCGACAAAUACUACGAUAACAAGUACGAAUACAGACAUGUGAUCCUGCCACCUGAGAUGGCCCAGUCUGUGCCCAAGACUCACCUGAUGACAGAGACUGAGUGGCGCAACCUGGGGGUGCAACAGUCCCUUGGCUGGGAGCACUACAUGGUUCACUCGCCCGAACCCCAUGUGCUUCUGUUUAGGAGGCCCACCAAAUCAAUGUAGACCACUCUCAUUACAGUGCCAUUGCUGGUGAUACAAGGCAGCUGAUAACUAUAGUGACAAUAUAAACAUGCAAUGACCCA